AUGAAGAAGACCAAGACGGGCGGCGCGACGACGAUCGCUCCUCCGCGGACCGCCGUGUCGACGGCGGUACCUCCGAGCAACAUCCGCCCCGAGAUGUACCAGUGGCUCGUCCAGGAAAGCCAGAAGGCCAAGGCGGCGCCGCCGGCGACGGGCCUUCCGACGAUGCCUCCCAUGAUGUCGAUGCCCAUGCAUGGCUCUGCUGCGAGCAACGUCAUGCAGCUUCAACAGCUCAACCAGAUGAUGCCACUCAUGUCGGCGUACCCCGGCUUCCUCGCCGGCUUUGGCAACUUGCCCCAGACCGGUGCCCCGGCGCCGUCGUCGUUCCCGCCCGCGAACCCGCUGAACCUCUUCAACAUGGUGCACCCUGCGGCCACGUCGCCCAAGCACAGCGGCGCCGCCGCUCACGCAUUUUUGAACAAGGACGGCAGCUCGGACCUCAACCCACAGCGCAAGAAGCGGCUCGAGCGCAACCGCGAGUCAGCGCGUGAGUGUCGGCGCCGGAAGCGCGAUCACAUUCUCGGCGUUGAAGAGCGCUGCAAGGCGCUCGAGAAGGAAAACAUGGAGCUGCGGUCGCAGCUCAAGGCCGGGAAGGAGGCCAUGAAGCAAGAGGAAGAUGAAAAGACGCAAAUCUGCGUUGAACUCGAGUCCAUGAUCCAUGAAAACGCGCCCGAGCAGGAAAUCGCGGCCAAGAUCGACAACUUCAAGGAGCAAUACUCGGACUAUGGCCAAGGCCGGCAGUCGGCGCUCAACUACCACUUGCACCAACUCGAGCGGCUCUUGAUGCCGACGCAAGUGACCAAGAUGUGUAUUUGGGCCCUCAAGCAGGACGAUGCGUUCUGGGAGGACGGCGAAGACGAAACGAGCCUCCUCUCGAUCCUCACGCACGAUCUCGGGCUCACCGAGGAGCAACGCAAGAGCAUCCAAUCCCACCGGAGCGCCGUGGUCAAGAUUUGCGAAAACCUCCGGCUCGCACUACAGCUCUUGCACCAGCUCAAGGCCGACGUCGAGCAAAAGAACAUCACACUCGACACGGAGAUGGACCAGCUCCAGAACAUUCUGACGCCGACCCAGCGCGCCAAAUUUAUUGUAUGGGUCACCAACAACCCAGCCUGCAUGCACCUCCUCAACAAGCUCUGGACCAAUGUCUUUUAA